AUGUCUGUGGGCUCAGAAAGCCUGCUCCGGCUGAAGGAGGCCGCGGUCCGCUGCAUAGACCAGGCCCAGGACAAGCUCCACGCCUUGAGCAGAGACAUCUGGAGCUGCCCGGAGCUGGCCUACGGGGAGACCAGUGCCCAUGCCCGGCUGGUGAGCUUCUUCACGGAGGAGUGGGGCUGGCAGGUCGAGCCGCAUUACAAGCUGGACACGGCCUUCAGAGCCUCAUGGGGCCCGGACUGCAGCCUGGAGGGUCCCCUGCUGAGAGUGGGCUUCCUCUGCGAGUAUGACGCUCUCCCGGGGAUCGGACACGCCUGCGGACACAACCUGAUCGCGGAGGUCGGAGCCGCGGCUGCACUGGGGCUCAGGGCGGCGCUGCAGGACCAGGACCAGGACCCGGACAGACCCCGGGGCCAAGUCCAGGUUGUGGUGCUGGGGACCCCUGCGGAGGAGGACGGAGGCGGAAAGAUCGAUCUGCUGAAGGACGGAGCCUUCGAGGAUCUGGACGUGGUGUUUAUGGCUCAUCCGUCCAAAGAGGACGCAGUCUACCUGCCCUGUGUGGCCGAGCACGAUGUCACAGUCCGGUAUCAUGGCAGGGCCUCCCACGCCUCCUCCUACCCCUGGGAAGGAGUCAAUGCUCUGGAUGCAGCUGUUCUGUGCUACAACAACCUGUCAGUGCUGAGGCAGCAGCUGAAGCCCAGUUGGAGGCUCCACGGAAUCAUCAAACACGGCGGACUCAAACCGAACAUCAUCCCGGCCUUCACCGAGCUGGAGUACUACCUGAGGACUCCAUCCAGGGCCGAGCUGCCGCUGCUGAAGCUGAAGGCCGAGAGCUGCUUCAGGGCUGCAGCCACAGCCACAGGAUGUCAGGUGGAAGUGGAGUUUGCCAAGAACAGCUUUGACAACAUGCUGCGGAUCCCGACCCUGGAGCAGCUGUUCCAGACCAACGGGACCAGUCUGGGCCUGGACUUCUCUGUGGAUGAAGAGGUCCUGGCCCACGAGUCCGGAUCCACAGACUUUGGGAAUGUGACGUUUGAGGUUCCUGGGAUUCAUCCGUACUUCUACAUCGGAUCAGACGCUCUGAAUCACACCGAGGAGUACACAGGAGCUGCAGGAGACGAUAAGGCCCAGGUCUACACCCUGAGGAUGGCCAAGGCCCUGGUCAUGACCGCUCUGGACGUCCUGCUGAGCCCGGAGCUGCUGCAGCAAGUCCGACUGGAGUUUACUCACGUUAAAGAACAGGAAACACAGAAGGAGCGCUCACUGAGGACCACUCCCCAGGGGCCCGGACCACUCCCCAGGGGCCCGGACCUCUGA